AUGGACAACCAAGCAUUCAUGGUUAUUCCUCACCAUGGUGUGAUGGCCAGCCACCCAAACCAGAUUUUGUACCCAACUGGUGCCAUGCAUUUGGGUGGCCAGCCACUUGGAACAGGCUAUCCAGGCAGCCAUCUCUAUGGAGGAACUGAGCCAGCUGGUAACUUACGUACAGAACGCAAAGGAGAACCCAGAGUGCUAGGGGUAAGUGACCCAUCUCAUACUAAGGUCUCUGGGGAUUAUUGUGAUCACCAAUAAAGAGUUAUAUAGCAAAAAUAAUUAUGUAAAGAACAGAAGUAUCUUCCUCUAUGGUUUCUUUGUGGACUAGCUUAUACACCAAGCAUUGCCUCUCUGUCACAAUUCAUCCACCCCAGCUCUGAUAUUCUGAUUCACAUCAAGGGAUGUGGGGAAAUAAUUCGGCAUUGAAAGGUGAACUCAACUCACCUAAUUCACACUCUCUGGCACACUAUGCGCACCAAAAUGUAGCCAUCUUUCAAAAUGCACACUUCUCUGAAAUAUGCUUCACCGUAAAAUGUUUUCUAUUCGGGUACAAUUGCUGUAGGGAAGCGGGUGGCGCUGCGGGUUAAACCACAGAGCCUAGGACUUGCCGAUCAGAAGGUCGGCAGUUCGAAUCCCCAUGACGGGGUGAGCUCCCGUUGCUCAGUCCCUGCUCCUGCCAACCUAGCAGUUCGAAAGCACAUCAAAGUGCAAGUAGAUAAAUAGGUACCGCUCCGGCGGGAAGGUAAACGUCAUUUAUGUGCGCUGCUCUGGUUUGCCAGAAGUGGCUUAGUCAUGCUGGCCACAUGACCCGGAAGCUGUACGCCGGCUCCCUCGGCCAAUAAAGCGAGAUGAGCACCGCAACCCCAGAGUCGGCCAUGACUGGACCUAAUGGUCAGGGGUCCCUUUACCUUACAAUUGCUGUGCUAAAUGUGUAUGUUUGGCAAAACUGCAUGCUGAAAUGUGUGUGGUAAGAUAAAUUCACCCUGAAGGAAAACUUUCUAGGUAGGGAGGGAAAUUGUGAUUUGUAGGGAAAUGUGGAGAACUGAAAUUAAGAUUGGAAAAGUGAGAAACGGAGAGAAAUUAAAAAUGGUCCCAUCUAAGCUGAACACCUGGAACAUCUGCUUUGGGUAAAAAUCCAGGUUUCCCUCUUCCCCUCAACCCCCCCCCCCCCCAGUUCUCAGAAGUACUUUUAAAUACUGAGCUGCAAUGGAAUUCCCCCACCCCACAGACACACAAAACCAUGUUUUCUGAAUCCCACUCCUUCCCAAAGUGUGUUAAAGUUAUCUAUAUCUGUAUCUAAAUCUAUAUAAACACACCCACACACCCUUUUGCCUCACUUCCGCAAUCCUUAUUCUGACUGCUGUUAGGAAGGGAGGAAUUUUAUAUGAGGCAUUGUGUGAGAGUUGCUGCUGCACUAGGUGGGGUAGAUGUACUCCAAACCAGGAGCUGGUAGCACCUCUUUGGCCCAGGUCGGGUGAGCUUAGCUUCCCCCUCAAACAACACUUGUAGCUGUUUCAGUAGCAAAGCCUAAAUGGUGGAAAGGCAGGAUAUGAAACUGUAAAAUAAACAAACCAACCCGUGGCAAUUUUCUCAUUCCUCUUUGGACUGCGUACCUUUUCGUUUGUUUUAAAUGUCGUUUUUACAACCAUACAUUUGCAUGAUAUAUAGGGCGUGUCUAAAAAAUGGAUUUUUAAAACUCUGAAAUGCUGCUCUUUGAGAAUGGGGAGGGUGUUUUAUGAUGACACAAAAGUUGGUCAGCGCUCUGGACAGUUCCUUCAGUUUCAAAUUGACAGAAUUUGUCUCCCCAAACAAGGACUGUCGAAAACACUAGGACUCAUCUCACCUAUUCUAUUCAAUUGUGUUAUUACAGGCUAUCCAGAUUCUGAUUGGCUUGGUUCACAUUAGUUUUGGGAGCCUCUUGACCCUUCUCUUGGACAGAAGCCGAUCAUACACUGUGCUCUCUGGAUAUGUGUACUGGGGCGGACUCAUUGUAAGUAGCACCAGUUCAAUUCAAACAAAUUCAAACUAUGCCAGCCACCUCCCCAUUUGACAAAUGAUUGCUGCAGGCAACUUUUCCUCUAAGGGAAAGAGAACCUCACCAUUCAAGAAACCCUAAGAAUAGGGAAUUAAAUAGCAGUUAGAUGUUUCAUGAAUUCAAUAGCACUUGAAUGUGACAUUUCGAUGACUAAUUGCCUAGUCUUUUUACAUCCAACAGUUGACCAGUGGGGAGGGUACCAACUAGGUGGAAAAUUGGCCUUGUCCACAUGGUUUCUGGGAUCAAAUGCUUUCUGUGCAUUUUGGAACCCACAUGGAAGCAGCUCUCAAGCUCAGCCUAAAUUUAGCGGUCAUUUGUAUAAGAAAUCCAAAAUUGCUGGUUUCUCUUAGGAAUACCAAACCAAAUUCAGAUAAUUUGCCAGGUGAAGUUCAGACAAUUUAAUGCAGGUAGGGAUACCAACAUAUAACAUGUGUGUGUGUGUUUGUGUUUGUGCGUGUUCUGUUUCUUUGAAUGCUCAGACACUACACUGGGGAAUUGCAGCUUAUUAGCUCAAGGCUGAACUUCAAUUUCCUGUUCUUUCCAGGAGAUGGUGGGUUAUGCAUCAAAGACAGGAAUGGUAACUACAACAGAAAAAAAUCACAUUCAGGAAAUGCACGUAGUGCAUUUUCUCCUGUCUUGCCCCUGGCCCCUUACUUUUGCCUCAUAACUCCUGUAGACAGCCUGCCCCAUUUGUCAGCAUCCUCUUUUAUCUGCAUAAGUCUUUUCCCACCUGAAUUUGGAGUGAAGUUUUACUCUAAUCCUGAUUUUUUUUUUCUUGUGUGACCCAGUUCAUCAUUUCCGGAUUUGCAUUGGCGAUAACUGAGCAUAACAGAUCAUCCCUACAGGUGAGUCUGGUUCCUCACUACCUGCCCUGCCUCUCAACCCACCAUUUACUGCACAUAUAUUGCGCACUUUCUUUGGGAGCUCAGUACAGCUUACACAAGACCACUAAAAAUCCUCCUGUCAGGACUUCAGGGCUACAGAAUCUGUAGCAUCCUCCUUGUUCUGAAUUUUCCCCCAGAUAAGAGCAGCCAACUCUUACUGGAGCCCCAAACCUUGUGACUCCUCAGAGAGGUCUUGGAAUAGCAUGGAAAAGCUGAGACUCUUUUAAUCAUUGAGCCUUCUCUGCAGUUACUGCGCAAAUAUCCUAAUCAAAUAAAAUGGAGUUUUCUUAGAGAGAUUCCUGGAAAUAAUCUUACUUCUAUUGGCAGUUGUUUCUAAGGUCUGACCUUGGACUGAAGCAGUAUUUCAUCCCUGCAUAAUUGAUCUAGGAAGUAGGCUUGUCCAAAAUUUAUCAGAAAACAUUUUUUGAUACUUUAAAAAAAACAUGUUUUCUUUUUCCAAGCUCUUCCUGAAAGAAGAAAUUUCAGUCCACCCACAGAUAAUAUCUGCAAAACUCCUGCUUCUUUUAAUGCUCACAAAUAACAUGGGGGAUUUUGGGGUGCCAUUUUCAGACAGCCCUAGUUUUCACAUAGUCAAAAGGAGGUUAAAAAAAAAACCAUUAAUAGAGAUGGUGCCAAAAGUUCUAGUCAUGCAUUUUAAAGCUGCAUCUGUGGAAGGGUAGUGGGAAGUGUACAGGAAGAUCUGAAGUGGGGUAUAACCAUGUUUGUCUUAUAUGCUUGCAAUUCUCUCCACCACAAGGAACCCUAGGUUCUUGUUCACAGGGAGGACAGUCACUGCAUCCGGUCAAAAGCACUUCCUCCUUCAAACCUUCCCACUCAACUCAGGAAGAUGCGGGGCGGGUGGUGGGGCUGGGAGCAGUGUGCACAGCCCACCUCCCCCACCAUGUUUAAGAAUAUCUGAAUAGGCCUGGGAUAGCCAGCAUGGUGUCCUUGAGAUGUUGUUGGACCACAACUCCCAUCAGCCCCAGCCAGCAGGGCCAUUGCUCAGGGAUGCUGGGAUGGCCAGCAACACUUGGAAGCCACUGUAUUGGCUAUCCCUGGAAUAAGGCUUUUGUCAGGUUGCUAUGCAGCAUGACCAGAAUAGCUUGUACCCUAAGGGUGUAUUUGUUUCUUACAGAUGAAAGUCAGCGCAUGCCUGAACAUUGUGAGCACUCUUGCUGCAACCGUUGGGAUAAUUGUUCUCCUCAUAGAUGAAAAUAUUUUUCCUGUUUAUUAUACGCCCUCUGACUUAAUACGCCUGGUAAGCCUGUUUUUGGGAAUGUUGACUUCUGAACUUAUUUUAGCAGCAGUUGAAUGGGCUGCAUCUGAAAGCUCCCUUAACCUGGAUGUAGCAAAUGGGGUUGGCUGCCAAACUCCUGAAUUUUUUGUUUUUGUUUUCCACUGUAAUCCUCAUCCUUUAUUUGCUCUGCCCUCAUUAUAUCCCUUGCCAUUUACCAAGUGGUGUGAAGCGAAACUGCUACUGGGUAGGAGGAUCUGGCAGGAGGGUAGGUUAAGCCAGGGGGAUAAAAUAGACCUUUCUUAGUCACCUGAGCCAUAAAGGAAUCAGGCGGAGCUUGAUUUUAUAUAACGGCACCUUACAACUUUUUAAGGCUGUGUCUCCUUCCACUGCCAGCUUGUAGAUGUGGCAGGAAAGGAGUUCACAAGAUGAACUGCAUGUCCUUAAGCAGCAGGAGCAGAGGGUCCCAGCACCAGCUCAGCUGCACAGACCAUGCAGAGGUAGAGUUAUAUCAUUGACUGAGCUAAUAAUACUAAUAAGGCUAAUGCUAAUAAGUCGUCUAGCAACAAUUGAAUUUAACAUUUCAGCCACAUAGGGACUAGUUUGGCUCUUCAGUGGCAAAUAUAUUGGAACCAGGGACAGUGAAUUAACCGUGUACCCUGCUCUCAGGUACAGCCAAGCCCCUCAGACAUCACUUGGACUGCAGAGAAACCCUGCUACAGGCUGGUGUGUUAAAAACACAAGCUCUGCAAAUAAACCUGACUUCCUAAUACCUGUGUGGAGCCUGAAUCAGCCGCGGACGUUUAAUAGAUGACAGAGGGCUCAUCUGUGCUUCUGCUUGGCCUGUGCUUUCUAGGCAUGGGUCCGAGUGGUUUUGUGUUUGCCCCACCCCUUUCCCCCUGGAAAACCCACUCUUUAGUGGUAAAUCGGAACAAAUGGCAAUCCACAGAAAACCUGAUUGCCGUGUGCUCUGAUUCAGCACUGAACCAUGGGGGAAGCUGCAGGGUAAACAGAAGUGUGUAUAAGCCCACAGUGGUGAUUUCUUAAGAUCGGAGCUAAUUUUAACUUGUUUCCAUUAUUUAUAUAUAUACAGGCAAUGAUUGUUUAGUGUGGGGGUUAUGUUCCUGACUCCCACGCAUGUUGGCGGAGCACACAUAAGCCCACCGCACCCCGCCUCCUUUCUGGCCACCUCCGGGUUGCUGUGAUGCAUGUGCUUGCGGUUGCACAUCAAUUGGACAUAUGUAAAUCGGCCAUUGCCUGUAUAAAAAAACAUUCAAGUAAACGAGGAAAUUACUUUUCUCCCUUUGGGUGCCGGAUUCAUCACACAUUAGCAAAUGCCAAAUCUAAAAAUUGGUGAUCCAAAUGUUGGUGUUGUCAGAACCUCUUUAUGAGUGCGUUUCAGAACCAUAGGACCUGGGAAUCUGAAGUAGCAACAAUGUUUAAGGCAAAAUACUGAUCAAUCUUAAAUUAAAAUGUUUAAUAUUUAAAAUAUUAUUUACUAUUACAAUUGAACAGUAUUGCUAUCUGAAGGCAAACACUGGGUCUUUUAUUUUAUCAUCUAUUACUUUAGUAGUUUUCUGUGGUGAUUCAGUUAUCCUUAAUUGUGUAACCUUAAUAUGAUCUGACGGCAUGGCUUUAUGUUUGGCAGAGAGUAGCCCUAGGACUUUUAAAUGUCAUCUUGAUCUUUGCCGUCCUGGAGUUCUUCAUUGGAAUGGUCUCUCUAAGUUUUGGGUAUGAAGCAAUAUUCCGUCGAGGUGAAGAGGUAAGCAUCUCCAUGGGACUUCUUCUGGGGUAUGGGGGUGAAACUUGUAAGAUGUUUGCUUUGGGAAAAUGGGAACCAGGUGGCCUCUAGAGAAUCAAAAGGAGGAGGAGAUGCUACUGGGAGAAAAUUAAGUCAGUGGUGGCAUCUGGAAGGAUGUAAAGCGUAAUAAUAGCAUCUGAGAGUUUCUAAUUGUUCAUUGUAAUCUACUUUCCAGGCAAUAUAUGAUGUGCCAGAUGCAGUCAUACCACACCAAGGAAAUCUUCUGCCAAUAGGUCCUCCUCCAUCUUAUGAAGCAUAUGCCAACCCGUGCUAUGAACCCUCAAGCCAGGGAGAAUAGAAAAGCCAAGACGAGAUUCCUAAGAACGAUUACAC